AUGCAGGACUCCAUACGCCAAUGGAGGCUUCACAGUCCGGUGGAUGAGAUACGAGAGGCUCUACUGGGAUUCGAUGCACUUCACAAGCGCCGCGAUCUUCGCCUCGAGGUCCUCCGCAGCCUGUCAAAUCCCUGGCCUGAGCCUCCCCGCGGUCCUCCGGGCCCGGCCAAAAGCCAUGUCAAGACUGCGGCCCUUCUCCCGGAAGCCAAUGCGGCCCCUGUCCCACAUGCCAUCUUUCGACAGCGGCUCUAUUCGACCUUGGAUCGCAAAGCCAUCCGAAAAAUCAUCCGCGUCCAACUUCUGCGCUGCGAACGGCCCGAGGAGAUUCUAAGGGUGAUAGCAGUCGCCAUGCAAAACAAGCUCGUGGCUCAGAACAUGGUCGUCCUCAGCGAACCAAUCACUCGCGCUCUCUACCGCUGCCGGAAAAACGUCUCCGACCCGCAAGUCUUGCGUACCCUCAACAUCAUCGUCUGGCGAUUCACCACAGCCGGCUACCGCGUCGAUCCCUCCUUGCUCCAACUCGGCAUGAAAUUCGCCGCCCGCUCGCGAAGUCUACCGGCCAUGAAGAGAUACUUUAAACUGUCACGAGAAGCAGGCGCGGAAUUCUCGAGUAAUGUCUUUCGAAGCGUCAUCGCCAAGUUCAGCAUCGGGAAUCGUGGCUUGGGGGAGAUUAGAAACGGCCGAUGGAGCAGAGAGCAGCUUCUGCAAGUCCUGACCGGCUUCGAGGACGAGAGACAUCUGCCGCCAGACCAGCAAAACCACCUCGGGACGUUCCUCCACAGGGACAGCUGGCAAUACUUACACGGCUGGGUGGCGGUACUCGCGCGCUGCAAAGAUAGCGAAAGCGUGUGGCGCGAGUGGGAGCUGUGGAAGCAAUCGCCUGCCCGCACCCAUCCCAAGAAACUCCAGAGUCAGAAUCCUCUCGUGACCAGCAAAGUCCGCGGCGACCAUUGGUUCAUCGAACAAAUGUCCCUCGCUGGUGACCUGGAGAAAGCAUGGACGAUCUUCGGCGAGUCAGGAAUGCCGUUCGACCGGCUCAAGCUUCGCGUCAAGGUCCGCUUGUUGGAAGGAAUCGAGCACGCCACCAUUCCGAAGGAUGCUCUGAGCGAUGCGCUGCUGAACAAGUACGACAUGGAUCUCGCAAAGAUUGAACGCGCGUUGGGCGUGCGCUGGGUUGCGAGUGAUGACGGCGAGGGUUCGCACGAGCUGUUCACAGAUCAAGAAGAGGCGUUGGAAACUCUGGGAGCCGAUGACUGGAAGAUGGAGUGCGAUCUCGCGUUUCCUCAAUUUGGGUUUCCGCAGUCAGACGAAGAGGGGGCGAUUGUGCCGGAGAGGUCGGAGAGGGCUCUGCAUGACGCGGAGGAAAAGGGGCCUGCCGAUGGCGACAGGGCUGUGUGA